UAAUUGGGAACAACAUCUGCAGAUGACGCUACGUGCGUUAUUGUCUUCAAGUUCAUGAUUCACUGUCCGCCAUCUUUUCUUGUCAACGUGGCGCGUAUCUCAUAGGUGAGGGAAGCCAUUUUGAAUUCUCCACAGCCAGUGUGUGCAUUAAGAAGUAUACAGUAAAAAAUGAACGUUAGAAUCUGAGAAAAGAUAAUUUAUUAGGACCAGUGCACCAUGAUUAAGCUGGUACUGACGUUUGUUUCUCUUCUGGCGAGUUUCUUGUCGGUGCAUGGCGGAGACUCUCUACGAAUGACGAACCUGGACAACGGCACUUUUCAACAUCAAACCAAACGAAGCUCAUCGCAGUAUCAAUUACCUUACACUGAUCAAAUUAGACAUCCAAUAUUUGAUGGUAAAGAAAUUCACAUCGAAGGAACUAUUAGUUCAACGGACAUCAGAUUGAUUAUUGAACUGUGUGAUGCACAACCGUGUCUCUUAGAUUACGAAUUUCAAGCCAAUAUUCGAUUGAACACCAAAACACUGACCAUGAGUUAUAAGAGAAAUUUACAAUAUGGACCGACAACAGUUAGAGAGGGAAUACCAUUAAAAACUGAAGGACCAAUGCAAAUACAAAUAGUAAUAUGCCCUCAAGAAUUCAAGUUCUAUCUCAACAACACAUUGUAUACAUUUACAACUGUGGUUAGAUUUACAAAAGUAAACUAUUUGAGGAUUCGUGGGACGUCUCAUAUUAAUUGGAUCUUGUAUUCAGUAAGAGAUGAACUUAGUUAA